AUGUCAUCCAACGCCAACAAACCUUUCGGAUCUCACCAGCAAUUCAAUGUGUCACAGCCAAUGGAACUGAGCAUAUCUGGCUCUCCUGAAAUCGACCCUAACACACCACAACAUCACCAGCCACUGCAGAGCCUGCAACAAAAGCGCCAAUAUUCGCAAUCCUACAUUCUUCCUGGUGGCGCAAAACGCGGUGCCAUCAGCUCAAACGCCCAAGAUAGUGCAACUGUGCCUAUUUUGCAGUCUGUUGUAGGUGAUCAUCCAUCUCUGGUCCAGCAAACACCCCAGAAGAAGGCCACAAUAGCUGCUGUCAAGACCCCCACCCCCUCACUGCUUACAGGCGAAGUACCUGCGUCCCCGAACAUGGUUGGCUCGCCCAAACUGAAGUCGAUUGCCCGUAUCUUUGAGACUGAAGGCAGUGUGGGAGCUUCAAGUGACAUGAACGAUUUGCCGGCGACGGGACAAUCGCCUGAUUCUGCGCCUGAGCAACAGUCCGAGGCGAAUUCCCACGAUAUCGCCAUUGAUCAGAAAACAGAGGCCUCUGAGGAUCAGCAGUCCAGCACUUCCGAGCCUUCAAAGGCUACCGAGGAAGAACAGUAUCUGUUUUCGCGGCUCCAAGAACCUUUUCGCGAGAUUGUGAAGUUGGAGGUGGAAUGCCGGAACGGCUGUUUUGACUUGAAUAAAAAGCUUUUAGAGGGUGAAGUUGGUCCUGGAGUGAUAACGCCGCAGAUAUGGAACGCCUAUAAGAACAUUUCAACCUUACUGGAUCUAUACUAUGAAAUCCUUACCAGUUGUCUGAGACCGCCUCUCUCGAAGACCGGAAAACAGCUCAUUACCAACUACAAGAUCCCACGCAGAUUGUGGGUAUACGGAGUGGUGGCAUUUUUAGAAGUCCUGAAGAACGUCUCGUCUGUGUUUAUUGACCACGAGAUAUGCUCCUGUUUCAUUUCCCGGUCCUUCAACAUCAUCAGUUGUCUCACAGACUCUGCGUUUGGCAUGGAGGGCUAUUGGGCCGAGAGGCUUGGUGAUCUUUGCCGCAUGGCCAUAGCCCUUUACCCUUCAAGGCACAUUGACUGGAAAGUCGCGGCCAAGUACUGGUUUGACGUUGCGGCCAGAACUCAGUUUGGCCACGGAAAGAUAUACUUUCACAUGGCUUCGGUAGAGACCGAUUCGCUCGAAGCCCUCGUCAGCCUUGCCAAAAGUGUGGCCUGCCGUGAUGCCUUUGCUCCAUCACCCCAAUAUCUCUAUGGAUUAAUUGAAACAGCAGGAAACCAACGCAAUAUUCUUGCGACUAUAGAAGUUGCCAUGAUCGACUUCGUGCGGAUCCACAAAAUUUUACUCAUGCAUAAUGAGCACAGAGAUGCGGCUGCAGUUAUCACAAACUUUUCAAACAAUUUUGGCCUUGAUGGGAACCGCGUCGAUUUCUUUGCGUUCCAUGGAAGUACCCCAAUGUUUCCUCCCGAAAAGCUCACUUUCUGGUAUCAGAAGGGCCCCAACUUUGCUAUCUGCAACAUCACACAUCUGAUUGGUUUUGGAGACAGCCGCAAUCCUCUGGCCAAGCUGUUUGGCCUUCCAGAGGCAUUGAAAGAGCGCAAAGAUAAGCGUGAGAGAAAGAGCAAGGCCAAGGCCCCCGAGACCGGUACCGACCCAAACAACGUGACUGCAGAUGUAGAGACGAAUGGUGUAGAGCUGCUGUGUGCAGAUGAGCUUACAGAGGAGAAAUGGUUCACUUUGAUCCCAUUUAUCAAUACCGGCUCCAUAGAAUUGAGCAUGAAGAUGUUGAAAAAAUACAUUACCGGUCCAUGGCAGAGCUCCACUCCACACGUGAUUGUGUGGCUCUACUUCUUGAUCUCACUGGGUGAAGGUGUCAAGAAACAUCCCACUUCCAAGCCAAUGGUGACAUACUUUGUGAAGAAGUUCUUUCCGUGGAUGUCUUUGGUCAGGUACUUGAAUGACAUUCUGUUCCAGGUUAGAAGUGACAAAAAGGCUCUGGAUUUGUUAAUGACAUACUCCAACAGGUACUUUGAGGUUCAGCAUGGAGAUGUGCUUUCGUACUUCUCCAAGAACGAACGUCUGUUUGAGGUAUGGAAAUCAUGGGGAACUCUCUGGUUUGACCAUGUUCAUUUCAAAGGGGACUACGCAUAUGUUUCCGAGACUGGAGCUAAGCCAGAGCUAUUUGAUCUGCCAACCAGUGGACCCAGGUACGAUGGAAAAGAGGACGUUCACAGAUUCGUGAGAAUUAUGGUUCUUGCAAAUACCAUUGCCGAUUACUACGAUUUUGGUCUCAUCAGAAAGGGAAACCAAUACAGGUACUCCGAUGCAGUGGCUCCUUUCUUGCAAGAGGAGGAAACUGCCAAACAGACACUCUUUUACUAUUUGCGUGAUCCCAAGUUUGAGAGUGUCAUAGAAAAACCCCAGCCAGAACUGGUUGCCUCGGGUUUAAACGAGCCACUAGACGUGGGAAGUUGGUGUACUCCGGUAUCGGUGUGGGAUACCCCCGACCCAAGACUCCACUCAGAAGGCUUCAUGGACAGUCUGACCCCAAUGCGUGAAAGACAUGAUUCGAGUCUCGAUCUAGAGAUUGACGAGAACAUCGACUUAUUGUACGCAGCAGAUGCAGAGGCGGACGAUUCGGACGAUGUCAAAGAGGAAAACGAGUAUAUGUGCUCCAUUUCCCAUCCAAUCUCCACCAAGCUUGCCGGUGAUCUAGGCGAACGUAUGGAUACAUCUGUGACUUGGAUUUCACUGGACACCAAUACCUGGCUGAAACACUGUGGGCGUCUCUACAAUUGCAUUCGAAACGACGUUUUCAAACUGUCGAUUCCACUGGCUGUUUUCCAGGAACUAAGAUCUUUGAGACGUUCCCAGGACGCUUUGGUUUCAGACUCGGCAACCAGGGCAGUGAUCACUGUCAGGCAGCUCUACUCCGAGAAAAACAUUUAUGCUCUACGUGCUGAUGGAACGAGGGCAUCAAACCUGCAUGAGACCACAGAGUUUGAAAACAACAGUACUUGGAGGUCGAACACUGAAGAAAUCAUAUUGAACGCGGUCAAGAAGAGCAACGAACAUGGCCGCGACGAAAGGACUGGCGCAGGUUGCCGCAUUAAUAAGAACAACAAGAUUUUGAGCGCGGAUGAAGCCGCCACAUUCUGCUACAAUGCAUUGGUUACGGACGAUCAGAACAUGAGGCUGCGCUCACGGGUUCUGGGCAUGACCAGUUACCAAAGCAAGUGGUUGUUCUAUCAUGUCGAGAGGGUUGCGCAGGGAAGAUGUACAGAUUAA